CAAAGCUAAACUGUAACGAACCUUCUAACUGUCACCACAAAUUCUUCUCCUAUAUAUCACCACUCCCUCCAAGCUCCCAAAUCUCACCUUCCCGGUAAUCAAAAUCCCAACCACUCUCUAUACAAAUUAAAAAACAAAAACUAAAUUCCCAGAUUUUUUUUUUCAAUUUUUCUCAUACAAAACACACUUUCUAACCAACACCAUCCAAACAAAAAUCAUUUUUCUAAUUUCAAUGCGUUUUUCUUCUUCCUCUUCCUCUUCAUCUCCAUGCCAUAUUCAAUCCUCCAAUAUGUUUGCCCACAAAACCUCUCCUUUUCUUCAAGUUUUUCAUUUCCGCACUACUUCUCAUAAUUCCUUCAAAUUCCGCUGUCUUCUCCACCGGAUUGCCCCCAAAUUCACUGUCUCCUCCUCUCUCUCUUCUGUUUUCACCUCCGGUAACAUCAUCGCCGCCGCAGCUGCUGCCUCCUCCGGUUCCGGCUCUCUCCAUGGUGCUGUUACGUCCGCGAUUACGCAAGUCGCUGUCACAGCUGUUGCUAUUGCCUCUGGUGCUUGUCUCUCCACUAAGGUUGAUUUUUUGUGGCCUAAAGUGGACGAACAACCAGGUUCUUUCGUUGUGGAUGGAGUCGACGUGACUGGAUAUCCUAUAUUUAGCGACCCAGAGGUGCAAAAGGCUGUUGCUUUUGCUAAAAAGGCUCACCAUGGGCAGUUUCGGAAAACAGGAGACCCUUAUUUGACCCAUUGUAUCCAUACUGGAAGAAUCCUUGCAAUGUUGGUUCCUUCAACCGGCAAAAGGGCUGUUGAUACAGUUGUGGCUGGGAUUCUUCACGAUGUAGUUGAUGACACACGUGAAAGUUUAAAUAGUCUAGAAGAAGCGUUUGGCGAAGAUGUGGCAAAAUUAGUAGCUGGUGUUUCCAGAUUAAGUUAUAUAAAUCAGCUGCUACGUAGACAUCGCAGGAUAAAUGUGAACCAAAGUACCCUUGGUCAGGAAGAGGCAAAUAAUUUGCGAGUUAUGCUGUUGGGCAUGGUCGACGAUCCACGUGUGGUGCUCAUCAAGCUUGCAGACCGUCUUCACAACAUGAGGACCAUUUAUGCUCUGCCCCCACUGAAGGCUCAAGCUGUUGCACAGGAGACCUUACUUAUUUGGUGCUCACUUGCUUCUAGAUUGGGUUUAUGGGCAUUAAAAGCGGAACUUGAAGAUUUAUGUUUUGCAGUUCUUCAGCCUCAAUUGUUUCGAAAGAUGCGGGCUGAUCUGGCUUCCAUGUGGAGCUCUAGCAACAGGGCUGGAUAUCCAAGAAGAACAUCUAACAAAUCUGGCUCUCUAUCUUUGGAUGAGAAAAUUUUGAUUUCUGAUAGUGAAGAUUCUGUAGCUUUCAGUGAAGAUACCUCAACAAUGAAGGAUCUUUUGGAAGCUGUAGUACCUUUUGAUAUCUUGUUGGAUCGGAAAAAAGGGACCAUAUUUCUUAACAAUCUUGGAAAAACAUCAGAUACUCAAACCAGACCAAAGGUUGUUCAAGAUGCAGGAAUUGCUCUAGCAUCUCUUAUUGCUUGUGAGGAAGCACUUGAGAGGGAGCUAUUUAUAUCUACUUCUUAUGUUCCAGGCAUGGAAGUAACUUUGUCUAGUCGACUAAAAAGCCUCUUUAGCAUCUAUAGCAAGAUGAAACGGAAAGAUGUUGGCAUUGAUAAAGUUUAUGAUGCCCGUGCACUAAGGGUAGUUGUUGGAGACAAGAAUGGAACUUUACAUGGACCUGCUAUUCAGUGUUGUUACAGUCUUCUCGACAUACUUCAUAGGCUAUGGACCCCCAUUGAUGGUGAAUUUGAUGAUUACAUUAUUAAUCCAAAGCCCAGUGGAUACCAGUCUCUUCACACAGCAGUACAAGGUCCUGACAAUGCACCUUUGGAAGUCCAGAUAAGAACGCAGAAAAUGCACGAGUACGCUGAGCAUGGACUUGCGGCUCACUGGCUUUAUAAAGAAACUGGAAUUGGGUUGCCUUCUAUAAACAGCAUGGAUGAAUCUGAAACUGAAUCAUCCUGUUUCUCCAAAGAUAUUGAGGAUCAUAAUUCCAUAAAAGAUGAUCAGUUUCAGAAAUACAGAUCCCUGAAGGAGGGCCAUCCAGUCCUUAGAGUUGAAAGAAGUCACUUGCUAGCUGCUGUUAUAGUCGGAGUAGAUAAGGGUGGAAGAGAAUUGCUAGUUGCUGUGAGCUUUGGACUGGCAGCUUCUGAAGCAGUAGCUGACAGAAGAUCAUCUUUCCAAAUAAAGCGAUGGGAAGCUUAUGCAAGAUUGUACAAAAAGGUCUCAGAUGAAUGGUGGUGUGAACCAGGACAUGGGGAUUGGUGUACUUGUCUUGAGAGGUAUACGCUUUGUCGAGAUGGUAUGUACCAUAAGCAAGAUCAAUUCGAGCGCCUGUUGCCAACUUUCAUCCAGGUUAUUGACCUGACAAAGCAAGAAGAAUCUGAAUAUUGGGCUGUUGUCGCUGCUGUUUUUGAGGGCAAACCUAUUGAUUCUGUGGCAUUCAGGCCAACUUUAGAUUCUGUUAUCUCCAAUUCUAUUGAAGCUAGUAUCAACAAUAAGAUCCGAUUAUUGAGAACAAUGCUUCGGUGGGAAGAGCAGCUACGCACUGAAGCAAGUCUAGGGCAACCAAAGUAUGAUAUGAAGUCUCAGUGUAAAGUGGAGUCUAUUGUUCUUGGUGAAGUAGUAAUAAUCUGUUGGCCCCAUGGUGAAAUAAUGAGAUUAAGGACUGGCAGCACUGCUGCAGAUGCUGCUAGAAGAGUAGGAUUUGAAGGCAAGCUGGUUUUAGUGAAUGGUCAGCUUGUAUUGCCAAAUACUGAGCUCAAAGAUGGCGAUGUGGUUGAAGUCAAGGUAUAAAUAUUAUACUCCUCCAAGCUCAAUUGACUAGUGUAGAUAGCAUGGUAAAGUUGGCAUGCAUAGUUCAAUUGUAAUUAGGCUACCAUUUAAUUUUAUGUUGUAAAUGGGCUUUGAUUGUUAUGUUUGUGUAAAUAUUGGCGAAUUCAAUAUCAGAAAAAUUUGGAUUUUUUUGGGAA